UUUUACGCCUGCCUGUUUCCGGCUUGCGAAUCUCAAGCGGAAAGGGGAGAGGCUUGGUUGUGAUGCCGCUGGGAUGAUGGCUGCGUUUGGGAUCCUUAGUUACGAACAACGACCCUUGAAGCGGCCAAGGCUCGGGCCUCCAGACGUUUAUCCUCAAGACCCAAAACAAAAAGAGGAUGAAUUGACUGCAUUGAACGUGAAGCAGGGAUUCAAUAACCAACCAGCAGUAUCAGGCGAUGAACAUGGCAGUGCAAAGAAUGUCAAUUUCAACCCCUCUAAGAUUAGUUCAAAUUUCAGCAGCAUCAUUGCAGAGAAGCUGCGAUGCAACACAUUCGCCGACACAGGCAAGCGGAAGCCACAGGUUAAUCAGAAGGACAAUUUUUGGCUCGUCACAGCAAGGUCUCAGAGCUCCAUUAACAACUGGUUCACAGACCUGGCAGGGACCAAACCUCUCACACAGCUGGCAAAGAAGGUUCCCAUCUUUAGUAAAAAAGAGGAAGUGUUUGGGUAUUUGGCCAAGUACACAGUGCCAGUGAUGCGCGCCGCAUGGAUGAUCAAAAUGACGUGUGCGUACCAUGCAGCCAUCACGGAGACCAAAGUCAAGAAACGCCACGUGAUCGACCCUUGCAUCGAGUGGACUCAGAUAAUUACUAAGUACCUGUGGGAACAGCUGCAGAAGGUCGCAGAGUUUUACCGUCAAUCCCCCAACCAGCCGUGCGGCUCCCCUCCCCCGCCCCCCCCUGCUGAGGUGGAGACUGCCAUGAAGCAGUGGGAGUACAACGAGAAGCUGGCCAUGUUCAUGUUCCAGGAUGGCAUGCUAGACAGACAUGAGUUUCUGACAUGGGUGCUGGAGUGUUUUGAGAAGAUCAGACCUGGCGAAGAUGAGCUACUCAAACUGCUGCUGCCGCUCCUGCUUCAGUACUCGGGAGAGUUCGUGCAGUCGGCCUACUUGUCCAGGCGGCUGGCGUACUUCUGCACGCGCCGACUCAACCUGCUUCUGAGUGACGGGAGCCUCGGGCCCAGCGCCGGAGGGCAUCCUGCCCACGGGAUCUCCGGCCAAUCAGGGAACGCUCUGCCCCCCACCCCCACCUCCCAGCCGGCUGGGGGCACCCAGCCCCAGACUCCAUUCACAGACUUCUACAUCUGCCCCCAGCACAGGCCUGUGGUGUUUGGCCUGAGCUGUAUGCUACAGAGCAUCGUGCUGUGCUGCCCCAGUGCCCUGGUGUGGCACUACUCUCUGACAGACAGCCGGAACAAGACGGGCUCCCCUCUGGACCUCCUGCACAUCGCCCCGUCAAACCUCCCCAUGCCUGGGGGAAACACAACCUUCACCCAACAGGUGCGAGUUAAAUUACGAGAGAUUGAGGAUCAAAUUAAAGAGCGAGGCCAGGCGGUAGAGUUUCGAUGGUCAUUUGACAAGUGCCAAGAAACGACAGCAGGUUUUACGAUUGGCCGAGUAUUGCACACUCUAGAGGUCCUAGACAACCACAGCUUUGAGAAGUCGGACUUCAGUAACUCGCUGGACUCUCUCUACAACCGGAUCUUUGGCUCAGGACAGAGCAAAGACGGUCACGAGAUUACUCCAGACGAUGAUGCAGUGGUCACUCUGCUGUGUGAGUGGGCUGUGGUCAGCAAGCGGUCUGGCCGACACAGGGCCAUGGUGGUGGCCAAGCUGCUGGAGAAGCGACAGACGGAGAUCGAGGCCGAGCGCUGUGGGGAGUCGGAGGUGGUAGAUGAGAAGGGCUCCGUGUCCUCGGGGUCUCUCUCGGCCGCCACCAUGCCUGUCUUCCAAGACGUCCUCCUCCAGUUCCUGGACACGCAGGCCCCAAUCCUCACUGAUCCGGCCAACGACAGCGAGCGGGUGGAGUUCUCCAAUCUGGUGCUGCUCUUCUGCGAGCUCAUCCGCCACGAUGUGUUCUCCCACAACAUCUACAUGUGCACCCUCAUCUCCCGCGGCGAUCUGGCCAGCGACUCGCACUUACCCCGCCCCCGCUCCCCCAGCGAUGAGCCGUCGGACGACUCGGAGCGCAAAGAGCAGGACGCCGGCAGUAGCGUCAAAAUGGAGGACACUGGCUUGUCGGAGUCGAUGGAGAUCGAUCACAACUCCAGCGCCAACUUUGACGAGAUGUUCUCGCCUCCAAUGCACGAGUCCAAGGGGAGCCCCUCCCCAGAGAAGCCUUCAGAGGGCCACGGGGCCCCAGAGCAGGAGAGCAAGAGCACAGGCAAGGACAAGGGCCUGGACCCCGCCUUCCCCCAGGUGUACGACCAGCCCCGCCACAUCCAGUACGCCACACACUUCCCCAUUCCACAGGAGGAGAGCGCCAGCCACGAGUGCAACCAGCGGCUGGUGGUUCUGUACGGCGUGGGGAAGCAGCGUGACGAGGCGCGGCACGCCAUCAAGAAAAUCACCAAAGACAUCCUGAAAGUGCUCAACCGAAGUACCGCCGAGACGGGAGGAGAGGAAGGGCAGAAGAGGAAGAGGAGUAAACCCGAGGCCUUCCCCACUGCCGAGGACAUUUUCUCCAAAUUCCAGCACCUUUCACACUUUGACCAGCACCAGGUCACCUCUCAGGUGUCCAGGAACGUUCUGGAACAGAUCACCAGCUUUGCCUUAGGGAUGUCCUAUCAUCUACCCCUCGUCCAGCACAUCCAGUUCAUCUUUGACCUCAUGGAGUACUCCCUCAACAUUAGUGGCCUCAUUGACUUUGCCAUCCAGCUGCUGAACGAGCUGAGUCUGGUGGAGGCCGAGCUGCUGCUGAAGUCCUCCAGCCUGGUGGGCAGCUACACCACGGGCCUGUGCCUGGGCAUCGUGGCCGUGCUGCGCCGCUACCACUCCUGCCUCAUCCUCAACCCCGACCAGACCGCGCAGGUCUUCGACGGGUUGCGUAUCGUGGUGAAGUCUGGCGUGAACCCGGCGGACUGCUCCUCCGCGGAGCGCUGCAUCCUGGCCUACCUGUAUGACCUCUACACCUCCUGCAGUCAUCUCAAGAGCAAGUUUGGGGAGAUCUUCAGCGAGUUCUGCUCCAAGGUGAAGAACUCCAUCUACUACAACAUCGACCCGUCCGACUCCAACAUGCUGUGGGACCAGGCCUUCAUGAUCGAAGCCAUCGCCAACCCGUCGGCCCACAACCUCAACCACUCCAUGGUGGGCCAGCUGCUCAACGACAGCGCCGCCAACCGCUACAGCUUCGUGUGCAACGUGCUGAUGGACGUCUGUGUGGACCACCGCGACCCCGAGAGGGUGAAUGACAUUGGCAUCCUGUGCGCCGAGCUGACGGCCUACUGCCGCUCCCUGAGUGCCGAGUGGCUGGGCGUCCUCAAAGCCCUCUGCUGCUCCUCCAACAACGGAAACUGUGGCUUCAACGACCUGCUGUGCAACGUCGAUGUGAGUGACCUGUCCUUCCACGACUCCCUGGCGACCUUCGUGGCCAUUCUGAUCGCCCGCCAGUGUCUCCUCUUAGAAGAUCUUGUGCGCUGUGUGGCCAUCCCCUCGCUGUUAAACGCAGCUUGCAGUGAACAGGACUCAGAACCUGGUGCUCGGCUCACCUGCAGGAUUCUGCUGCAUCUGUUCAGAACGCCUCAACGCAACCCCUGCCCACAGGAUGGCAAGUCAGACAAGUCCUCUGUUGGGAUCCGGUCGUCGUGUGAUCGCCACCUCCUCGCUGCGUCUCAGAACAGCAUCGUGGUUGGAGCUGUCUUUGCUGUGCUGAAGGCUGUCUUCAUGCUGGGUGACGCUGAACUGAAAGGCUCCGGCUUCUCACACCCCACUGGGCUAGACGACAUCGGAGAUGACGACAUCGGCUCCAAGAAAUCUGGCGGUCGAAACGUCUCCAUAGAAACUGCCAGCUUGGAUGUGUACGCCAAGUACGUGCUGAAGAGCAUUUGUCAACAGGAGUGGGUUGGCGAGCGCUGUCUGAAGUCUCUGUCUGAGGACAGCAGUGCCCUGCAGGACCCGGUGCUGGUCAACAUCCAGGCCCAGAGGCUCCUGCAGCUCAUCUGCUACCCGCACCGGCAGCUGGACAGCGAGGAGGGGGACAACCCCCAGCGCCAGCGCAUCAAGCGCAUCCUCCAGAACAUGGAUCAGUGGACCAUGAGGCAGUCUUGCCUGGAGCUGCAGCUCAUGAUCAAGCAAAGCACAAACAAUGAACUCUACUCCCUGCUAGAGAACAUCGCCAAGGCAACCAUCGAGGUGUUCCAGAAGUCGGCGGAGAUGAACUCCAGUAACCUCUCAGGGAAUGGCUCCGCCAUCUCAGGCAGCUCUGUUUCCAACAGCAACAACACCAGCAAGCUCAAACCUGUCCUCAGUUCAUCCGAGCGCUCGGGCGUGUGGCUGGUGGCCCCCCUGAUAGCCAAGCUGCCCACCUCGGUGCAGGGCCACGUACUGAAGGCGGCCGGCGAGGAGCUGGAGAAGGGCCAGCACCUAGGAUCCUCUUCGCGCAAGGAGAGGGACCGGCAGAAGCAGAAGAGCAUGUCUCUCCUGAGCCAGCAGCCCUUCCUGUCUCUGGUGCUGACGUGUCUGAAGGGUCAGGAUGAGCAGAGGGAGGGCCUUCUCACCUCCCUCUACAGUCAGGUGCAGCAGAUCGUCCACAACUGGCGUGAAGACCAGUAUCAGGACGACUGCAAGGCCAAGCAGAUGAUGCAUGAGGCGCUUAAGCUCCGGCUCAACCUGGUGGGUGGGAUGUUCGACACGGUCCAGCGCAGCACACAGCAGACCACAGAGUGGGCGGUGCUUCUGCUUGACAUCAUCAGCAGUGGAACAGUUGACAUGCAGUCCAACAAUGAGUUGUUCACCACCGUGCUGGACAUGCUGAGCGUGCUGAUCAACGGCACCCUGGCGGCGGACAUGUCCAGCAUCUCUCAGGGCAGCAUGGAGGAGAACAAGAGGGCCUACAUGAACCUGGUCAAGAAGCUCAGGAAAGAGCUGGGUGACCGUCAGUCGGAGAGUCUGGAGAAAGUGCGUCAGCUGCUGCCCCUGCCCAAGCAGACCCGUGAUGUCAUCACCUGUGAGCCCCAGGGCUCGCUCAUCGACACCAAAGGCAACAAGAUCGCCGGCUUCGAGAAAGAGGGUCUCCAGGUGUCCACCAAGCAGAAGAUCUCCCCGUGGGACGUGUUCGAGGGCCUCAAGCACUCGGCGCCGCUUUCCUGGGGCUGGUUCGGCACGGUGCGCGUCGACCGCAAGGUCACCAAGUUCGAGGAGCAGCAGCGGCUGCUGCUCUACCACACGCACGUGAAGCCCAAGCCGCGCAGCUACUACCUGGAGCCCCUCAACCUGCCGCCCGAGGAGGAGGAGCCGCCCACGCCCGUGCCCCAGGAGCCCGAGAAGAAGAUGGCCGAAGCGGUCAAGGCCGAGAAGAACGUCUCCACCGUGCCGGCCGAGCCCAACAAGAAGAAGUCCAAGAAGAAGAAGCAGCCGCCCGCCGCUAAAGUGGAGGACUAUGGUGCCCGCAACCCAGCGGUGGUACCCUAUCCAGGAGGAAUGUCUCAGGACGUGAUGAUGAGCCAGCAGCCUCUCUACAAUCGCAUGGGUUACAACCAAGCCCCGAUGAACAUGUAUGCUCAGAACCAACCCCUGCCACCAGGAGGCCCCGGGUUGGACAGCCCUUACAGGCCGCGCAACAUGCAACCGAAACAAGCUAUGCCUACUCGGCCCACCUACCCUGGCAUGGUGCAGAUGCCGGGCAGCAUGCCGGGAAUGAUGCCGGGGAUGCAGAAGGAUCAGUUUCCGAUGGGCUACAAGCCACAGGCGCCCAUGGCUCACAACCAGAUGCUGCGGCAGCAACUCCAGGUCAGAUUGAGCCAAAUGCAGAUGAGACAGAUGACCUCCAAUCCACAGUAUUCAUCAAUGCAGCAAUCACAGGGCAUCUCCCAGGGCUACCCCAACUAUGGGGCUCUGAUGGGGGGCAUGCAGUCGCACCCCUCGCAGCCAGGGGGCAUAGUCCCUCCCUCAUACAACCAGAAUUUUCAGGGCAACCACCCUGGCACCAACCCGGGGGGGAUGGACACCCUGAGACAGAUGCCCCAGAGACCCAGCGGCUACGUUCACCAGCAGGCCCCCGGAGGCUACCCACACCCCAUGCAGAACCCCCAGAGGUUCCAGCAUCAGGCCAUGCAGCAGUCGCAGCUCAUGCACGGCGGCCACUUGGGCGGCGGUCAGGGCGUGCACCCCACCAUGCGGCCCAACCAGAUGCUGGAGCAGCAGCAGCAGCAGCAGCAGCAGCAGCAGCAACAACAACAACAGCAACAACAGCAACAACAGGCGCAGCAGCAGCAGUUCCUGCGACAGCAGCAGGCUCUCCGGGUCCAGCAGCAGCAGCAGGUCCAGCAGCAGCAGGUCCAGCAGCAACAACAACAACAGCAACAACAGCAGCAACAACAGCAGCAACAACAGCAGCAGCAGCAGCAACAGCAGCAGGUCCAGCAGCAGCAGCAGGUGCAGCCACAGCAGGUACAGCCGCAGCAGGUCUCUGCAGCGCAGGCACCUGCACAGGUGCAGCAGAACCAGGCCCUGGGCAUGCAGGCGCUGCCGCCGCAACAACCCAUGUUUCCACGGCAGGGUAUGCAGCAGACCCAGCAACAGCAACAGACAGCAGCCCUGGUCAGACAGCUCCAGCAGCAGCUGUCAAAUACACAACCUGGACAGAACACAGCUCCCUAUUACUGA